AGUGUCAUAACCAAGAAUUCUUAUAGUACAAAUAUUCGUAUGUAUAAAUUCGGUAACAGGAGGAAAAGAAUUUCGUCACCAUGGUGCUGUAUAUAAUACCAAAGACUAGAUUUGUGAAGAAUGUGGGUAGUUUCAAGAGUCUCAAGAAGUACGCCUGGAACGAGAUCAACCAGAGCUGUGCCCAGAAGCACUGCCUCAACAAUGGCAAUGGCACUAGAAUCCAUCAUUUCAGUACUACUGGGUCAACGAAUGCUUCGGGAAACCAGCAAGGUGGUGGUGGUACGUUGACAAAAGGUAUGACAAAAAGUUGGAAAUGGAGAAGUGUUCUAUCCGUUUUCGACUGGUGGAUUUUAGCCGCAGGGGGAUGGGUGACCUGGAGAGGCGUCCUCACCAGAUGGACCCCCUUGGGAAUCUGUCUGAUUGUCGCCAUGCAAUGGAGAUCGAGGAGAAAGGAUGGAGGAGCCGAUGUAAAGACUGCUAGCGACUUUGAGAUACAAUGCUACACAUCGUUGCCUCUGAGAAUGUUCUCGAGAUGUUUUGGAUGGUUGGCUGAUUGUCGAGUUCCUACACCUUUAAGACCAGUCGUUUAUGGGUGCUACGCCAGUGCCUUUGGGGUCAAUAUGCAAGAAGCUCUAGUCACAGAUUUCAAACAAUAUAGGAGUUUAGCAUCAUUUUUCUCUCGUCCACUAAAACCUGAUGCCAGAACCAUAGAUCCAAAUAGUUGUUUAAUUUCACCUUGCGAUGGCACAGUUUUGCAUUGUGGAGUUGCUGAUGGAGCAUACAUCGAACAAGUCAAAGGAGUCUCUUACAAACUGGACUGUUUUCUGGGUCCUCCAACGUGGUGCCAAGCAGAUGAAAAAUUAGAUGAAACAAAUGAUAUGAAAGUCAUCGAUGUGAAUAAAUUUAGUUCAACGAAAAUUUCAAAUGUGGACAAUCCGUUUCACAGGACGGUUAUGCACAGUCGAGAUGGAAGCUCUGCAUUGUAUCAGUGUGUUAUUUAUUUGGCACCAGGGGAUUAUCAUAGAUUCCAUUCACCAACAGUGUGGAACCCUGUAUUCAGACGGCAUGUUCCUGGUGAAUUAUUAUCAGUGAAUCCAAAAAUAGCAAAUUGGGUCCCUGGACUCUUCUGCCUUAACGAACGUGUUCAUUAUGUUGGAACAUGGAAACAUGGUUUCUUUAGCUUUACAGCCGUAGGUGCUACAAAUGUAGGAUCAGUAAAAGUCUACGCCGAUGAAACUUUAUCCACAAACCGAUGGAGAGGUUGGCGUUCGACGUUACCGACUUUAAAAAAUCGACCAAAAAUCAAUGAACCACCUCCACGAGAACAUUGCAACGAAUGCAACAUCAAAAGUGAGAUUCGAUUUGGAAAAGGAGAGCUGAUAGGACAUUUCAAUAUGGGAUCGACCAUUGUGCUCGUUUUCGAGGCACCAGCUAACUUUAAGUUUGCUUUGAAACCGGGAGACAGAGUUAAGAUGGGACAGAGGCUCGGAUUCCUUGGACAAUACGUAGAACAGUUGACGACAAAGGAUUCAUCAAACGACAAAGAUGAACAUUGUAUAUAAAGCAACUCGAAUAUUAGAGAACAAUUUCAACGAUAUAUUUUUCCUAAAACAUUUGUUGUACUUUGUUUUAACGACAACUAUAAAUAUAUAGAUAA